UUCUUUUUAAUUGUUUAUAUUUAUUUAUGUGAUCUAACCCGGCUGAAUCUGACAUUUGUUUUGCGUGAACUCUGUAUUGAAACAACGUUGAAAUGGAGGUUGAAAUAUCACCGUUGCGAAGUUUAGAUGAUUUUCUUUUGGAGUCGGCUAGAUUUCAAGUGCCAAAUCUCAAAGAUCUUGAAAAGUGGCAGAAACGCGUUGUCAAUAACAUGCUAUAUUAUCAGACAAAUUAUGCUUUACUAUCAAUUAUAACAUUUCUGUUAGUUGGGCUUGUUCAUCCUAUCAAAAUGCUGUGUGGAAUGUUUGCCGUUGCUGUGGGAAUAUUUCUUUUCUAUUUUUUCACCAGCUCUAAGAGAUCUGCCAUGGUUUUUAGAAAAGAACAUCCAUACUUCAGCAUGAUUGUCAUGUUGAGUGGCAUCUUUGUGAUGGUGUAUAUGGCAGGCUGUGUCGUAGUGUUUGUGUUCGGAAUUUUCUUGCCAAUUACAGUUACAUUUAUUCAUGCAUCCUUAAGGCUUCGUAAUAUCAAGAAUAAGCUGGUAAAUAAAAUCGAGGGAAUAGGACUGAAGAAAACACCAAUGGGAGUCUUUCUAGACAUAUUUGGUUUGGAGCAAGAAGUUUUAUCAUAAAAAUAAAAGACUGUUUGGUCAAUUGCAUUAUACAUAGCUUUGACUUAAAACGUACUAAGCCAUAACAGUUUGUUUUCUGUUUUUCUAUGUGAUCAUAUUUCAUGCAACUAAUUUGUAGGUAUUUAUAUUCAAGUAUAAAAAAUGUAAAAUUGUAAAACUAUAAGCAUAAGAUAAUGUGAGACAAAAAGACUUUGAAUAUUUUUAGAAAUAACUGAUUGAACAUGUAUAUGUUAAAACACUGAAACCAAUACCAAAUAAAAUUUUUAUUUAAUCAA